UACACACACACAGACGCUGCUACACCGAAAAGAGGCAGGCCUGGAACACCAAUGCUCUUCAAUUAGAGCUCCUUCGACGGAUCCCUGGCUUGGACACUUUUAAUUUUUCAUCACAGCCUUCUUGAAUUUUUCUCAUGUGGCUUUUUGCGCAUAGAGAUCAGACGCUGCUGAGGUGUGUUUGAGCCACUGAGCCAUUCCGAGUAUGCAGACUAACGCUCGGUGAAUGGGAAACAUCAACACGGAGGCACCGCUACCUUUCCCCCAUAUUGACCAACACGCUCACCCUUCGGUGGGCGAGAUUUGCGCACCGGAGACCGGAGCCGGUGUCUGCGCUCUGCCGGGCCGGGCGCGCGUCGUCUGGGAGGAGUAGGGAGGAUGGAGGGGUUUUUCACAGAGGGGGCCCGUGUUUGGGUCAAAGAGAAGGAGCAGCUUGUUCCCGCUACAGUCAACUCCUGUGGAGACGGAACACUUGUCCUCACAACCGACUAUGGAGAGGUGUUGUACCUGCAGCAGGCGGAGAUCACCAGGGAGCGGGUUUACGCUAUGCACCAGUCCAGCAUCGAUGGUGUGGAGGACAUGUCGGCGCUGGCUGAGCUGCACGAGGCCGCCAUCAUGCACAACCUGUACCAGCGCUACCAGAAGGAUAACAUCUAUACUAAUAUUGGCAGCAUCCUGGCAGCAGUCAACCCCUACAAGCAGAUCGCAGGAAUGUAUGGUCCAGAGAGGGUGGAGCUGUACUCCAAGCACCACAUAGGCGAGCUUCCUCCACACAUCUUUGCCGUGGCCAAUGAAUGCUACCGCUGCAUCUGGAAACGCCAUGACAGUCAGUGUGUCCUCAUCAGUGGUGAAUCGGGUGCAGGGAAGACGGAGAGCACUAAGCUGUUGCUUCAGUUCCUGUCUGUGAUGAGCCAGAACUCUGCCGGGACUGCCCCGUCGGAGAAAAGUACACGAGUUGAGCAGGCCAUCGUGCAGAGCAGUCCGAUCAUGGAAGCUUUCGGCAAUGCUAAAACUGUUUACAACAAUAACUCCAGUCGCUUUGGGAAAUUCAUACAGCUUCACUUCUCUGAAGGCGGCAACAUCCAGGGAGGCUGCGUCAUCGACUAUUUACUGGAAAAGAACCGAGUGGUGCGACAAAACCCUGGAGAACGAAACUACCACAUCUUCUACGCUCUGCUGUCAGGAGCUAACAAAGACAAUAAGAGCCUCUACUUGCUGGAGGAUCCUCCUGAAUCUUUCCACUACCUCAACCAAUCAGGAUGUCUGAAGGACAAGAGUCUGAAUGACAAAGAACUGUAUAACAGUGUUAUGGAGGCACUGAAGGUGUUGGACUUCUCAGAGGAGGAGAUCAGGGACAUGUUUAAGCUGCUGUCAGGAGUCCUACAGCUGGGAAACAUCGAGUUCAUGACUGCAGGAGGAGCACAGAUCACCACCAAGCAAGUGAUCACUAACGCCAGUGAGCUGCUGGGCCUGGAUACCUUCCAGCUGUCCGAGGUGCUGACUCAGCGCUCCAUAAUCCUCCGAGGAGAGGAAAUCUGCUCUCCACUCACUAUAGAGCAGGCGGUGGAUUCCCGGGACUCUGUUGCAAUGGCGUUAUAUUCCCAGUGUUUCUCCUGGAUCAUCCUGAAGAUAAAUCAGAAAAUCAAAGGGAAGGAAAACUUUAAAUCCAUCGGCAUCCUCGAUAUCUUCGGCUUUGAGAACUUUGAGGUGAAUCGGUUCGAGCAGUUUAACAUCAACUAUGCCAACGAGAAGCUUCAAGAAUACUUCAACAAGCAUAUCUUCUCACUGGAGCAGCUUGAGUACAACAGGGAAGGUGUCCAGUGGGACGCCAUAGACUGGAUGGACAAUGCAGAGUGUCUGGACCUUAUAGAAAAGAAACUUGGCCUAUUGGCACUGGUGAAUGAAGAGAGCCGAUUCCCCAAAGGAACUGACUUAACUCUGCUGGAGAAGCUGCACAGCAGACACGCUACAAACCCUUUCUACGUCAAGCCCAGACUUGGCGAUCAUCAGUUUGGUAUCAAACAUUAUGCUGGAGAGGUCCUGUAUGAUGGUCGAGGGAUCCUUGAGAAGAACAGAGACACCUUCAGAGACGACAUCCUAAACAUGCUCAAGGACAGCAGACUGGACUUCAUCUACGACUUGUUUGAGAAGGUCGGCAGCCGGAACAACGAGGAGAAGAUGGGAACAGCCAGACGCAAACCCACCGUGAGCUCCCAGUUCAGGGACUCACUACAUUCUCUCAUGGCCUCUCUGAGUGUCUCCAACCCUUUCUUCAUUCGCUGCAUUAAGCCAAACAUGGAAAAGAAUCCAAGUAUUUUUAGCCCUGAGGUCGUCCUGAACCAGCUGAGGUACUCUGGGAUGUUGGAGACGGUGAAAAUCCGUCGGGCCGGGUUCCCCGUCCGCAGAACUUUCAAAGACUUUGCCAUUCGGUAUAAAAUCAUUCAGAAAGAGAAAUCCCCUUCAUCAUCAGCAGCAGCAGGAGAUGAUAAGAAGAAAAGUACAGACCUUCUGCUCAGAUAUGACAAGACCAAGAAAGAAUGGCAGUUAGGCAAAACCAAGGUGUUUAUGAAAGAGGCUCUGGAGCAGCGUUUAGAGAAAGACAGAGAUGAAGUCCGACGUCAAGCUGCCAUGAUAAUUCGAGCCCACCUCCUCACUUUCUGUGCUAAGAAGUUCUUCAAGCGUGCUCGUGCCGCUGUCGUCACUCUCCAGAAACACCUCAGAAGGCAAAUCCAACGCAGGCGGUUUGUGAAGCAACGUAAGGCAGCGCUGGUGCUGCAGAGACACAGACGAGGUCAGGUGGCUCGUACGCACGUUCGAAAGCUCAGAGAGGAGAAGAAGAAGAAGGAGGAACCAGAGAAGAAGAAAGACGAGGGGGCGGCGGAGGAGAAAAAAAGGGCAGAGAAAAAGGCUGAAUCAACAGAGGGCGAUGAUGAACCUUCAGAUGAGGCCCGGCAGAUGAAUGACAUCCUGCAGUUGGAGCGAGAGAUCGAGCGCUUGCAGAAGAAGCGAGAGGACGAGGUGUCCCAGCUGUGCGAGUCCUCCAAGCAGGAGCUGCAGCUGCGCCGGGAUGCUGAGCUCAAACGCAUGAAGAAGGAGGCGUCCCGCAAGGCCACGGAGCUCAUCGACCUCCUGAACUUUGGAGGUGUGGACCCUUCGAUGGGCGCAGCAGAAGUAGCCCAGCCUGCUGCCGAGGCGAAACCCCCAAAACCCGCAAAUGCCACCAGAGGAGCUUCCAAAGAGGAGGAGGUGGACGAGGGGUUUCAUGCUGAGGAGGAGUGCAUCCCCCUUCCUGACUUCCCUCCUCCUGCUGAGACAGACGCUCCUAUCGAUCAGGAAAUAUUCGCUCACCUCCCUCCUCCCCCGCCUGCUUUCGCAGAGGGGACAGUGCCUCCUCCACCUCCUCUGCUCGCAGAUGGUACCCCUGUUCCUGGAAUUCCUCCGCCUCUCCCUCUACCCGGAGAUGGUGCUCCUGUCCCUCCUCCACCUCCUCCACCACCACCUCACCCAGGAGACGGGGAAAAGAAAGAUGGAGACUUAGAGAGGCAGGUGAGCAUGGUGGAGAGCCUGGUAGACGGAGAGGAGCCCAUCUACAGCAUGCCGGCCGACACCGAGUCCGACUACGACCAGGAGGAGGAGGAGGGCUCCGUCAACGCCGGGGACGACAGCUCCGUUUCCGGGAGCAACCGCGGGAGCACCACCGUGACGGACGAGGAGCACCCGAGGAAGUCGACGUGCACCAACGCCAGCAUUGAGUCCUACAGAGGCAGCUCCGACUCUUACGCAGACAGUGACGAUGAACAUGACGGCAUGAUGGACACUGAUGAAGAAGUGAAUAACGGCAGAGUGACCUUAUUUAAUGGGAAUGGACCGCCAUAUUUCCACGGCUACCUCUACAUGAAGGGUGGCCGGUCUGAUGAUCCGUGGAGGAGGCGUUGGUGCGUGUUGAAGGAUGAAACCUUCAUGUGGUUCCGGUCCAAACAGGAGUCUCUGAAGUCCGGCUGGCUCUACAAGAAGGGAGGAGGCCUCUCGACUCUCUCACGGAGGUUAAACUGGAAGAUGCGCUGGUUUGUGCUGAGGGACUGUAAACUGAUGUACUACGAGAACGACAGCGAGGAGAAGCUGAAGGGAACCAUCGACAUCAAAGCUGCCAAAGAGAUAGUGAAUAAUCAUGAGAAGGAGAAUGCUCUGAACAUCGUGACAGAUGACAGGACGUAUCAGGUGUUUGCUGAGUCACCAGAGGAUGCAAGUGGGUGGUUUAAUAUGCUUAGUAAGGUGCGUGUGUGCACUCCCGAGCAGCUGCUGGAGAUGUCCCAUGAACAGGCCAACCCAAAGAACGCUGUGGGAACUCUUGACGUGGGGCUGAUCGACUCUGUUUGUGCUUCAGACAACCCUGAUCGGCCCAACUCUUUUGUCAUCAUUACGGCGAACCGUGUGAUCCACUGCAACAGCGACACACCGGAGGAGAUGCACCACUGGAUCAGCCUGCUGCAGAAACCCAAAGGAGACGCCAGGAUAGACGGACAGGAGUUCCUCUGCAGAGGCUGGCUCCAAAAAGAGAUGAAGACGAAUGCUAAGAGCACCUCCCUGAAGCUGAAGAAGCGCUGGUUUGUUUUGACCCAUAGCUCCCUGGAUUACUACAAGAGCUCUGAGCGCAACUCCUCCAAGAUGGGAACUCUGGUCCUUAACUCGCUCUGCUCCAUCAUUCAGCCGGAUGAACGAGUGCACAGGGAGACAGGAUACUGGAACAUCAUCGUCUACGGGAGGAAGCAUUCCUACCGCCUCUACACCAAGAUGCUGAACGAGGCCAUGAGGUGGACAGCUGCCAUACAGGGAGUCAUAGACAGCAAGACCCCGAUAGAGACCCCGACUCUGCAGCUCAUCAGAGACAUCAAGGAGAACAGUGUGAACCCAGACAUCGUGGAGCAGAUGUACCGCAGGAACCCCAUCCUCAGAUACACGCAGCAUCCUCUGCACUCGCCUCUACUGCCACUCCCUUACGGAGAGGUCACCAUCCUACAAAGGCAGCAGGGCUAUGCCAGUCUGCAGGAUGAGGCGGUGCGAGUUUUCAACUCACUGCAGGAGAUGGAGACGCUGGCGGACACAGUGCCCAUCAUUCAGGGCAUCCUGCAGACCUGCCAGGACCUGCGCCCUCUCAGGGAUGAGGUAUAUUGUCAGGUGAUCAAGCAGACUAAUCAUGUGCCUCAGCCUAACAGCCCCGCCAACCGGGCCCACUGGCACCUGCUCACCUGCAUGAGCUGCACCUUCCUCCCCAGUCGAGUCAUCCUCAGAUACCUCCGCUUCCACCUGAAGAGGGUACGGGAACGUUAUCCUGGUACGGAUAUCGAGCGUUACGGCGGUUUCAUCGGGGAAUCCCUGAAGAAGACCAAGACUCGUGAGUUUGUUCCCUCUCAGGAGGAGAUCGCCGCCCUGCUGGUGAGACAGGAAAUGAGCACCACCGUCUACUGCCACGGAGGAGGCUCCUGCAAGAUCUCCAUCAAUUCCCACACCACAGCUGGAGAGGUUGUGGAGAAGUUGAUCAGAGGUUUGGCCAUGGAGGAGAGCAAGAACCUGUUUUCUCUGUUCGAACACAACUCCUGCACAGAUCGAGCUUUGGAGAGCAGAGUGAUCGUGGCAGAUGUUCUGGCCAAGUUCGAAAGGUUGGCAGGCAGUGAUGAAGAGGAGGAAGAAGGAGAAUGGAAACUCUACUUCAAGCUCUACUGCUUCUUAGAUGUAGAGAGCAUGCCAAAAGAAGGAGUGGAGUUUGCGUUUAUGUUUGAGCAGGCCCAUGAGUCUUUGAUAAGCGGUCACUUCCCGGCCUCAGAGGAGACUUUGCAGCACCUGGCAGCUUUACGCCUCCAGUAUCUCCACGGCGAUGGGGCAGGUCGGGCCGGAUGGAGCCUGGGAAGCGUUUAUCCGAUCGGACGUCUCCGCAAUCGCAUCCUACACUCCACCAAGCAGGGCGCGGGGGCGGCGGGUGGAGCCGGGGGAGGUGGAGCAGGAGCAGGAGACGGGAAAGGAAUGGUGGGAGGACCGGGAGCUGUCACUGUCGAGAAGCGAAGGACCCCGAGCUUCCUGGAUGGCAGCCUGAGGAGAAGUUUUAAAACUGGAUCACUGAAGAAGCAGAAGGUGGAGGAGGAGAACCUGGAGAUGUGGGUGAAGGAGGAGACGUCCGCCACACGGACCAGCGUGCUGGAGAAGUGGACCCGGCUGCAGGGCAUGCCCCAGCAUCAGGCCAUGCUUAAAUACAUGAGCAUUAUCAAAGAAUGGCCUGGAUAUGGAUCUACUCUGUUUGAUGUGGAGUGUAAAGAGGGUGGUUUCCCUCAUGAUCUGUGGCUGAGUGUGAGUGCUGACAACUUGUCGGUGUAUAAGCGAGGCGAACCGAAGCCCCUAGAGACCUUCCAAUAUGUUCACAUCACUUUCUUUGGGGCUUCACAGCCCUGCACCUACAAGAUCUCUGUGGACGAGAGGGAGAUGUUCUUCGAGACACCACUGGUUGGGGAGAUCACCAAGAUCAUGCGGGCCUACAUUAAUAUGGUAGUGAAGAAACGCUGCAGCACCAUGUCAAUUACCAGCACCAGCAGUUCCUGGGCCAGGUGAUUCCCACAAACCAAUCACAGCCCUUGAUUCAUCCAGGGGCCACAGACGCCUCUGGCCCCCCCUGCAUUGGUUGGUUUUUAUAUGGAGGCAGUCGCACCAACCAGCUAUUCCUCAAGGCUGAAUAAAGAGUGAUGGAUGAUCGAAUGGGAGGAAAAUAAAGAUGGAAGUGGACACAGACGCCAAACGCACACUCUACUGGCCUGUGUCUUACUUGGGAUAGGGGGAUCUAUUUAAACAUGCAUGACAAAGAAAAACCACCUGCUUUUUGGGACGGUCCUUUCAAAUACAUAACCCGCCAGUUGUAGUCCUGCAUGUAGAUGUUCAAGCACACUCCAAACUUCUCUCCGCAUCCCUUUUCUGGACAAAACUCAGUAAUAACAAGCACAAGUCAGCCGCCCAAUACAAGUCUAUUCCAGGUGGCCACCCCCUAUCCACCCACCAAGUGCACUGCCAGACAGAAGAAAGCCACACUUUCUCAGUUAAAUCUGUUUCUUUCUCACUCCUCCAAUUUCAAGAGUCUCUCUCUUUCUCUUCACGUGUCCUCACUCCUGUUGCAUCUUUGUUUGCUGUUGAUAUUAAGUUAUUACGCUAAAUUUUUGCUUGCUUUCUCUUUCUUGUUCUCUUUCUGUUGUUUAUAUGUAACAUCAGCUCUAUCACAUCUGUUUGUGACUGAGAAAAGGGACUCAAUGAUUCUUCGUCGGGGCUACUAAAGGGGGAAAAUGAGCUCCACAUUUAGUGUUCACUCGCUCACUCGUCAGUGCCACCGUGUGGCCACCAAAAGCAAAGGCAGCCAAAGGAAGUGGCUUUAAAUAUUUCUGAACGAUAUCAAAGAGAAGUUCUGCAGAAGAAAAGAGUAGAGGUUUUGCUUUGGAGGCUCUCUGGUCAUGUUUAACUCGACAUGGAGAGUCAGUGCAUGGGAAACAGCCUCCCUCAGCACUACAAAGAGAACAAUAUCAUCGAGAAUAGUAUUAAACAAAACCUGUCCCUGUCUCUGUCUACUUGUAAUACACACGGCAUAUAUCUACUGUAUAUUCACAUACACACAAACUGAAUCAACAUGUAUUGUUUUGUACUGUAUAUCACAUGUUAUAAGAGGAAUUACUGAAUUUUCGAUGGGCCACUACACUGUACAGAUGCUAUACUAAAUGCAAUGUGACACCUCGUGUAAAAUACAUGGUGUUAAUAAGGACUACUGUAUGUCCAAAAACAAUGCCAACACAGUACAUCAUUCACUGGCUGUGCCAUUAAUGUGACAGAGAAAUAACUAUUAAAAACACAGACCAUAAUGAGACGGGCUGCUUUGGUGGUCAUGUUUUCACAGUGUUUGAUGACGUAUGCAUUGUUGUAAUUCACAGCAUUAAUUGGAGCCAUACAGUGUUGUAUAUCGUUAUCUGCUCAUGCUUUUCUUAUUUUAUUUAUUUACUAAGAUCAAUGAACAACAAUAAUGCAUAAGAGCUCCAGUUUGUUUGUGUUUUCAACCUGUUUAUGAACAUGUGAUUUUUAUUACUGAUACUACUACUGUUACUGUACUGUAUGCCCUCUGCUAUCUUAACCACCCUGAAGUGCUGUGUCUGGAAUGCUGCUGUGUGUGUGUAUAUGUGUGCGUGCGUGCGUGCGUGUGUAUUCAUAGUGUUGGAAAAGAAAAGGGAUAAAGAAGUGAUUUAUGAUGAGUGUUUUCAUUGGAAAUAAGAAGUAUUUACAUAACUGACAUUUGCGAAGAACAGUGAAGUGAUUGUGAGUUAGAGGGAAAAAAGCAUGGGAUUAUAAGAGUUAGAGGGUUAUUUAAACAUAAUUGUACUAUAUGUAUUGCAAGGAGUGUUUGGAAGAAUAAUGUAUAAAAAUAUAUUGGAAUUUCAAUCUUGGUGUAAGGAGCGGAUAGGAUAAGACACUGUGAGGAUAAGGGCCCGGAGGUGCUUUUAAUCUGGCAUUGGGACUGCUGACAGUCAUCACUGCUGUGUGUGUGUGUGUGUGUGUGUGUGUGUGUGUGUGUG